AUGAGGAAGUUCCAACGGUUUCUCACUUCCGUGGUUGCGUUCGGUGUGCUUUAUGGCGUUUAUCGAUACUCUUUCCGUACCGAUAGUGAAGGGAACUAUCUGUUUCUGCUGCCAGGGGAAAACGGAAGGUCACAAAGCGUCAUCGAGCAACAGGCGGCAGCAAGUGGCGAGCAGGAGAAAACCGUGGAUCCUUCCCGGCUGGCAAACCUUACCGGAUUUGAGUAUGUGAUUUCCAACGACAUCUGCAAGGAGAACAAUACAUUUUCCGAGUUAUUGGGCGUUAUACUGGUAACAUCGUACGUAGGACACGAUGAGAUUCGUUCCGCACACCGACAAGCCAUAUCGCAGCAGAAACUACUCUCUAUGGGAUUAUUGCGAAUAUUUUCCCUCGGCGUUAUUCCACCGACCGAACGGUUCAUCCAGCAGGUGGCCAUCGAAGCCGAACAGCGGCUCCACGGUGAUUUGAUCCAGGGUAAUUUCGUCGAAGCUUAUCGCAAUCUUACCUACAAACAUCUGAUGAGCUUGCAGUGGGCAACGCAACAUUGUCGCGGUGCCAAAUACCUUCUCAAGAUGGACGAUGACAUCGUGUUCGAUCCGUUUUACAUCCAGAACUAUCUGUCCGAUCUGAACCAGGGCGACGAACAGCAAACUCAUCUGCUAGCGGGUUACAUGUUUCGCAACAAGAAAGUAAUUCGUCUACAGGCAAACAAGUGGUACGUGUCACGUGACGAGUUCCCGGCUGAUGUUUACCCACCAUAUCUAUCCGGAUGGUUGUAUAUUACGAAUCAAAAAACGGCUCGAGCUUUGGUAGCUGAGUCGCAAACCGAUAGCUUCUUCUGGAUCGAUGAUACCUUCAUUACGGGUGUGCUAGCACAACGGCUGCAAAUACCACUGACCGCACUCAAUCGGUGGUUUAGCUCAAAUUCCGAGUUUCUUGACUGCUGCAUAAAGGACAUGAAACGGUAUGCGUACCAGUGCGACUAUUACGUCGGCCCUAACGGUGGCAAUGGGAAGCUUAUAAUGGAGUUUAUUCAGGAGCUUGAACGAUGCUACGACAAUGCAUGCUAUCAAAGGCCACCGGGUAAAUCACUCACUGCAACAUGCGUAGCAGAGUACAAGCAGCAGAUAAAUCCGGAUCACGGAACCGCCAUGAUUAGUCAGAUGAAACUUAAGUAA